UGGGGUUUGUUUCCCUUUUCAAAGAAGUGCACUUUUGUUGUUUUAUUAAAGUACAAUGCCUCCAAAAAAAGCCAGUCCAGUUGCCGUUACUGAAGACGCUUCUUCAAUGUCCUUGCCAGAAGAGAAGCCGAAAAAUGAAGCGAAACCAGCAGGUGAAAAAUCACAAGGUACCGAAAAGAAAAUGAAGACUACAGUCGUGAAAAGACCAAUGAAUCACCCAGCGACUAUUGAGAUGAUCACCGAAGCGCUCCGGCAACUGGAUACAAAGAAAGGUACUUCUGUCCAAGCCAUCAGGACGUAUAUUUUGGGGAAGUACCCGACAGUGGACCCGGUGAGGCUGAAGCCCUUGAUGAAGAGCGCGUUGAACAAAGGGAUAGAAAAGGGGACUCUUGUGAGACCUGCUAAUUCUAGCGCCAGCGGAGCGCAGGGCAGAUUUCGGCUUGCGGUGAAGAAAGUAAUCAAGAAAAACAAGGAAGCGAAGUUGCAAUCGGAGGAAAAUAAUGACCCGAAUAUUGCAAAGGCUCCCAAAUCCUUGAAAGCUGGUUCCAAGAAACCCAAAACGAAGGACUCUGAUUCUAAGGAGAAGCCUAAAGCAGUGCAAAAAAAGAAGGAAAAGAAUGAAGAGGAGUCCAGACAGCCUUCUGGAGAGAAAGAGUCUUCCAAAGUAACGUCUGUAAAGAAACCCAAAGCCAAGAAGGACCCUAGUGGGCAGGAGGCUCCUGCCCCUAAGGAGCUAAAGGAGCCGAAGAAGGCAGCCAAGCCUAAGGCCCCAGUGAAGAAGGCAGGAGGGGAGGAGGGUGUUGUGGCUGAGGGACAAGCUGGGGCGAAAACCACAGGGAAACGGGGAAAGAAGGUGACUGAAUGAGCUCCACUUUUUUUAAAGCAUUUUGUUUUUAGAUGUACUAUUUUUUGAAUAAAGAAUUAUUAACUUUUGUAUAUUG